CCACGUAUAUGCCUAUAAGGAUAUUUCAAAACCUUUUCAGUGGGAAAAUCCAGCAGGAAUAAAUCGGCUUAGUGGACAGAAUUAGAGGGGAAGGGUUCGGAGCCAGAGUAGGAUUAAGGAAAAUUGUGUGAAAUAAAAAGCGAGUGAUCACGAGUGACUCGGUUCGUGUCUGUUUCUAGAGGGAGGGAGGGAGGGAGAGAGAGAGAGAAAGAGAGAGAGAGAUUUUCAUCCAAAUCCAUAUCUAUUUUUUAAUCCUCGUCUGUGCGUAAACGCUGGUUGCAGUCUUCGCGAGGAGACUAUUUCACAAUGCAACGCUUUUAAUAACCUUUACGCAAUCUUCACCAUCAUUACACCCUUUCGAGUGCACGUUUGUUUUAAACUUCAGGCUUCUCUCCGACACUUGGACAGCAUCAUGACCAGUUUGUGGGAUCGCAUCCCUUUGGAAUGGUGGGAAUUACGCGGCGAGCUGCCGGAGAGCAUGUAAACGCAAAUGGAGUUUGGGAUUUAUUGCAAAAUAUGGGAAAGAUGACCGUCUUGUCUUUGUGUUUUCUCUUGUGCGCUGAUCUACUGCAAGUAGCUGUUGGAUAUCUGACCGUAACGAUUGAGCCAUUGCUACCAGUUGUUGUGGGAGAUACAGUGACUCUAAAGUGCAACUUCAAGACAGAUGGAAGAUUGCGAGAGAUCGUUUGGUACAGGGUUACAGACGGAGGCACUAUUAAGCAGAAGAUUUUUACGUACGAUGCUAUGUUCAAUACCAAUUACUCCCAUAUGGAGGAUUACCGGAGAAGGGAAGACCUGGUGUAUCAAUCGACGGUCCGGCUCCCAGAGGUCCGGAUCUCAGACAACGGACCUUAUGAAUGCCAUGUAGGAAUCUAUGACCGAGCGACACGGGAGAAAGUCGUCCUAGCAUCAGGGAACGUCUUGCUUACGGUGAUGUCUCCACCCAACAACAUCUCAGUUGUGGCAGAAAACACACCAGCACCGUUCAGCCGCUACCAGGCCCAGAACCUUACUCUGGUCUGCAUUGCAAAAGGAGGCAAACCAGCUCCAUCGGUAUAUUUCAAGCGGGAUGGAGAGUUGAUAGAGGUGAUCUCCUAUGUUUCACCCACCGUGGGUUAUGAGGGCGGUGGUCCCGCUGGCGUGCAUGGAGCCAGACCUCUGAUCAGCAGGGAUCUGGAUGACACUAAGCUGAGAAAGUCUCUAUCUCUGCUGGGCCCGGAUGGCAGGCCCGGACGCCUGAACACAGAGAGCCCUGGGCGGAGCUACAUGGCCAGACAACCGGGCCAAGAGACCAGCCCGGCCACAGAGACCAUCCCAGAGACAGUGGUCAGCCGAGAGUUCCCACGCUGGGUUCAGAGCACUGACCCCCUGUACUACUUCAGCAACAUGCAGAUCCCCCAGAGCGACGGGUCUGUGCUGGUUCAGGCCAAACUCACUUGGACUCUGAAUCCGCAGUUGGACAACGACGCCCUGUUUAGCUGUGAGAUCACACACCCGGCUCUCUCCAUGCCUAUGCAGACCGAGGUCAUACUGGCGGCUCCUAAAGGCCCCAAGCUUAUGAUAACCCCUACCAGAGCAAAGGUAGGGGAUACGGUUCGCAUCACCGUCCAAGGUUUCCAGGUAGGAUCUCCAGUGAAUGAGGUGUUUCCUGAGCCUCUGUUCACCUGGACACGAGUUGGCAGCAGACUGCUGGACGGCAGUACUGAGAGAGAUGGGAAGGAACUGGUGCUGGAGCGAGUGCCUGCAGAACUAAAUGGCUCCAUGUACCGCUGCACGGCCCAGAAUCCACUGGGCUCCACUGACACACAUAUACGCCUCAUUGUUUUUGAAAACCCAAGUAUGAUGAAAAACACACAGAAUCCUAACAAUGGAGCUCCUGGUUUGCACAAGCUUGGACUGAUAUGCCUGCCACUUAUUCUUACAGUGACUGUUGAACUGACGUGAAUAUCCUUGAUUCAGCAGUACACAAAUACUCCUCCUCUCCAGUCAGCCACACACACACACACACACACACACAAACACACACACACACACACACACACACACACACAUGCCUUCUCCAGACUGUGAAUAAACCUACCUUGCUUUCAUUUGUGGGAGAACCUGAAUCCCCAACAGCGGGCGCACCUCUCUUUUUUGUGAACACACACACACACACACUUACAAAAAAAAAAAAAAAAAAGGAGUUGAUAGCAUCACUGAUAAUAAAUAAAUAAAUAAAUAAAAAAUACAUAUAAAAAAAUAACAUGCUGAAUAUGAGAAAAAGCACCUCCUUAUUGUCUGCCCCUACAACACUGACACUUUUUUGUGUUAAACUUGCCUGUCAAUCAACAGAGACCUGUCAUUUGGAAAAGCAAAAAGGCGCCUGGUGUUCGCGAUGAACAAAAAUGUCAUACACUGGAGUGUGGAGAAAAGACAUUGUGGGUUGCUGACAAUGGUGACUGUCACUUCAACUCCACCAAGCCGUCCUCGAGUUGCCUCCCGUUAGAGUUACUGCACACUGGCACAAACUGGACUCAAACACACACCCUUUUUAAGGACCACGUUUUACGCCAUUUGUGUUUUUUGAUCACAGUUGUUUUCCGUUUCGUUUUCUUGAAUGGCUCUCGGCUGGAAUGUAACAAAAAAGAGACAAUACUAAACGUCCUGUGACAUUUUAUUGCGAAGAAAUGGAAGAUCCUCUUUUUAAGUGUAUUUUGUGUAAAUCCCUGUAAAUAAUGAAAAGUAUAUUACAAAGCAGAAAACAAAACAAAACAAUUAAUAGAGGUUGGGGGGGGGGGUGCAAGGGGAUAUAGAAGAUAAUGUCUUUAUUGCGUGUGUCUGGUCAUCCCCAACUGAAAUCCAACCCAGGCUUUUAGAAAAAGGUGAAAUCAGUGGCCUUUCUAUGUUCUGAUUUCACAUGUUCAGUAUCUAUGACAUCCGUGUGACUGUUUUCAACUGCAGAGGAAAGACGACAGCUUUUCUCGGUGGUUGCUGGUGCAUGUGACGUUUGGAGAUGAUUUCCCCUCCUCAUAUGUUUGUCGCCUACUUGUCCUUAAGUUUUUGACGCAUAUUCAGUGACCUGCAUCGUGUACAGUCCUUCUCUCUAAUCUAACAGUUACUGCUAGGAUCAUGUUAGCCACCAUUACGCCCCCUCCACCCCCCAAAGGAAGCUCAAGUGAAGCCAAGUGUGAACAGGGUUGUUGCAUUUGUUUCAUAUCACCUGAAUUAAAAAUGGAGAUGAUCAACUUAAAAUGA